AUGGCGGCAACGAUGAAGGGGAAAAUCAAUCGGAAGGAUCUUGUUAAGCUUAACAUCAUCAAAAUCUGCGAAGAGAUUAUGAAUCCGUCAGUUCCAAUGGCUCUCAGGCUCUCUGGAAUUCUCAUGGGUGGAGUCGUCAUCGUCUACGAAAGAAAAGUCAAGCUUCUUUUCGAUGAUGUGAACCGUCUUCUGGUUGAAUUAAAUCAAGCUUGGAAGGUUCAGGUUGAGCCAGAUCCCACGGUUUUGCCCAAGUCCAGAUCUCAAGCCAAACGUAAAUCCAUCACUCUGCCUGAAAACCAGGACCAUGACCUUGGAGACCUCGACCAGUCUCUCCGUUUUACUAAUGAAACCCCAACAAUGAUGAAGUUUACACAAACCAACUAUGUUGCCAUGAGACUGGACAGCGUGGACGAUCCCUUUGUCAAUCAGAAUCCAGCAGACGAUUCUCAUCAAGCUGAUGUUGCUGACAUCACUAUGGUCGACAUUCCUGAUCUAACCACGGAAGGCCCAAUAAGUUUUAACCGCUUCGAAAGGUUUGAUAUUGAGGGGGAUGAGGAUACAAAUUGGAACAUCCCAAGUCAAGACAACACUGCAAUUCCAACUACUCUUAUACCCUCUCCUCGUCCAGAAGAGAAACCCCUUGAUGGUGAUGAAAAUUUGGAGCAACACACAAAUGACCAAGUGAAUAUGCCCCCUGUUGUGGAUAUGGAAUUUCCUCAGCAAAAUCAUCUUAGGCAGGGUGUAAACCGAAGGAGAGGGAGAAGGCGUGCUGCUUUGGUUUUCGAUGAUGAGCAUACCAUUAUUCCUGGUCACGUAUACCAGUCUUGGCUUCAGGACACCUCUGAUAUUUCCUCCAGAAAAAGAAACAGAAGCAAAAAGACUUUGAAUGCGAUGACUAAAAAGAAGAUAGCAACUCUCAUGGAACUUCCUCCAAUAGUACUAGUUGAAGGAUUAUACAAAUAUGGGGAUGCAGAAGUGUAUUUCCCGGUCCCUCUCCUGGAACUAUGGAGAAAAAGUACCCAGCCACUGCAUAAUGCUCAUUUUGGCCCAACGUCGACAUCCCAACGUUCUGAAGGUUCUCAACCAUCAAUUACAGCCUCAUCAGAAGGAAAUCAUACUCAAGACCCUAUUGAAUUUCCCUUUGAAGAUUCUCGCGAUGAUUUUGGUUCUGUCCUAGAGAAAGUUUCCAUUGAGAAGCAGCGGAGAAAUGUCAAUGAUAACCCACAAACUGGGAUACUUAUGGAGGAACUUAGAACCAAAACCAUUGAUAAGAUCAACCCAUUUGCCACACCAGGAACUUCAAGUGACAGCGCAAGAUCCAUCCCAAGUUCAGGAUCUGGACAUGGUUUCCAUUCACAUACUUCGGAAAACAAUUCCUCCAAGUCGAGCAAGAAAAGGCCUUACUCUCCCAACGGACACAUUAAUAUUGGCCUUGAACCGGUUGAUGAGGAGAAUUCAUGGCAACAUCCUGAUCCUAAUUUGAAGUUGGCAAGGGAAUAUGAAAAUGAUCCAAUGUCAGAUUCUGGACCAAAACGGACCCGAAAAAAUCCUGACAUGAGUCAACCUGCUGAUCCAAUCACUAACUCCAUCAGAAUGCAGCUAAAGGCUCAUUUUGAGACACCAGGGGCUCCUGAAGUAGAAUCCCUGAAUGCGCUCGCUCAUGGAAUGGAUAGGAAACGGGCAGCAUCACUUUUUUAUCAGACAUGUGUUCUUGCUACUGAAGACUCCAUAAGAGUACUGCAGAAGGUGGCAUAUGGAGAUAUUUACAUUUCAAGAGGUCCAAAAAUCUGA